CAUCAAAAUGGGUGGUGUUCGAUUUCUGGAUUUGUUGUCUAAAACCCCUCGAAAACCUAUUUCUACUUCCCUUUGCACACGAUCAGCAGCCGAUUACUCACAGAAAUCCAUCACCCGUUCAUCCUCAUUUGGAUUUUCAUCAACUCCACAUAUCAUCUAUAGAUCGAUCCAUGCGGAUUUAACUCCAAAAGAUUCGUCUUUUCAACACUAUGAGAAGAACCCCGAAGUACCCAAACUCCAGCAAGACGCUGCCAUGAUUUGCGCACUCCUCUCCAGCCGCCCUGGUUCUAACGCCGAUGAAUUGCUCGAAAAUGCUUCGAUUGAAGUGUCCCCUUCACUUGUGGCGGAGGUUUUGAAGAGGCUGAGCAAUGCGGGUGUCAUUGCACUGUCAUUUUUUACAUGGGCAGAGAAGCAAAAAGGAUUUAAAUACGAUACAGAAAGCUACAAUGCUUUGAUUGAAGCUUUGGGUAAGAUCAAGCAGUUCAAAUUAUUAUGGAGUUUGGUGAAUGACAUGAAGAGUAGAAAACUGUUGAACAAAGAUACUUUUGCAUUGAUUUCACGGCGGUACGCACGAGCCCGGAAGGUUGAAGAGGCUAUAGCAGCUUUUGAGCGCAUGGAGGAGUUCGGUUUCAAGCUUGAAGCAUCGGAUUUCAAUAGAUUGAUUGAUGUUCUGUGUAAGUCUAGACAAGUUGAGAAAGCAAACAAAGUGUUCGAUAAAAUGAAAAAGAGAAGGUUUGUUCCCGAUAUUAAGUCUUAUACUAUUUUGUUGGAAGGUUGGGGCAAAGAACACAACUUGUUGAAGUUAGACGAGGUUUACCGAGAGAUGAAAGGUGAAGGGUUCGAGCCAGAUGUUGUAACUUAUGGUAUUUUGAUCAGUGCUUAUUGCAAGGCUAAGAAGUAUAAUGCUGCCAUUGAGUUGUUUCAUGAGAUGGCGGUGAAAAAUUGUAAGCCAACCCCCCAUGUUUAUUGUACUUUGAUUAACGGUUUAGGUUCAGAGAAGAGGUUAAGUGAAGCUCUCGAGUUUUUUGAACGUUUCAAGAGCUGUGGUUUUACACCGGAUACACCUACAUACAAUUCGAUCGUAGGAGCUUAUUGUUAUUCGAUGCGAAUAGAUGAUGCAUUUCGAGUGAUAGAUGAAAUGAGAACAAAUUUGGUAGGUCCGAAUUCAAGAACUUAUGAUAUAAUUCUUCAUCACUUAAUAAGGGCUGGGAGGACGAAGGAAGCUUACUCGGUAUUCCAGAAAAUGUCGAGUGAGCCAACCGUGAGUACUUAUGAAAUUAUAGUAAGGAUGUUUUGCAACGAGAAUAAAGUGAAUAUAGCAAUGCAGGUUUGGGAUCAGAUGAAGGCUAAGGGAGUGCUUCCAGGGAUGCAUAUGUUCUCGGAUUUGAUCACUGGCUUGUGUCACGAGAAAAAGUUAGAUGAUGCUUGCAAGUAUUUUAAUGAAAUGCUUGAUGCAGGUAUUCGACCUCCAGCCAAGAUGUUUAGCUAUCUGAAACAGGCACUACUUGAUGAGGGGAAGAAGGAUACCGCUAUAAAUUUGGCUCGGAAAAUUGAUAAGCUGAAGGGAACUCCAUUAGUUGUUGGAGGCCAGAAGUGAGGGAAUUUUGGAUGUAAUGCUGGUUCCCUUCUGGAUGCUAUGAGCUCCCGCCAUUGUAAUCGAACGUCGGCUGUAUGCUCGGUGUUGCCAUUUGCAUGUUGCAAGUUCUGAAACUUCAACACCGUGCUGUAAGUUUUCUUUGAUAUAG